AUGACGACGAUGACGACCGAAGACCAUCGCAGUCGAACGAGAAUUAACAAGUCGGAACGCGCUAAAUUAUUCGAGGAACAUGCCGACCUGUUGGAUCUCUUCGCGAGCUUUGCCGAGCUCAAGACGAAGGAGGAACAGGCAACGUCCGAAGAGCUGAAGGAGCACGCCAACAAGGUGAUGAACACACUAGACGAAGGUAUCCGAGGGCUGGACGAUCUCGAUACGUUCUUCGAGUUCCUGCAUCAGGUGGGCGCGUCCCAUCGGCGGAUUCCCGGCUUCAAGCAGGAGUACUUCUGGAGAAUAGAGGAACCUUUCCUGUCGGCGGUAUCGACAACGCUCGGCGACCGGUACACCCAAAACGUCGAGGGCAUCUACAAGGUGACUAUCAAGUUCAUAAUCGAAACGCUGAUCGCAGGAUAUGAAUCAAGUGCCAACAAUAACGACGACGUCAACAAUGCGAAUCUAUCGUCAUCCGGUGCGGCGGGAGCGUCGGGCGAGGCGAAAAAAACCUCUUGAACUCCGACGGCCCCAGCGGAAUAAUAAAAAAAUCAUCCAAAACCAAAACUAGCGAAAAACCAAGGGUAAAAUAGGAAAACCAAAAACCAAAACUGUAUAGCGAUUAAAAAGUGUGACUAUAACGGAAAUUAUUGCACACAAAACAGACACAAAUCCAGUUCGUUUUUGUAGGAUAGAAAUCGCACUAAGUCGACCGUUGAUAAGUAUAAAACUUGUGAUUUGAGGAGCCAGUGUGUUUGUUCUCGAGUGUGUAAAUAAUAAAAAAUAAAAUCGAUGCCAUCAUUAUCGGGGAAAGUUGAGGCGGACACGAAACGUUAGAGAGUAGGACUAUAGAAAACAGAAGGAGAUUCAACCAAAAAAAAAGUAAAAAAAAUAAGAGAAUCAACCGGUAACAUUAGGAUGCUUUCCCAGCCAACUUAACGACAGCAUCCUUUCCUUUUUCCAGCCCCUGACGACACAAUGACAUCCUUUUUGUAUACCAACACUCACACUCUCCUUCUCUGUCUCUCAGAAAAAUACUUACUACUAGAAACAAAAUGUGCAGGACACUCGAAAUCUUUUGUAUAUGCAUUUAAAGCGUUUAUAAGUCUAUAUAUCUAGAACAAACAAACAAACAUGAAUGGAGAGGACAGAAUCAGCCGGGGAAAGGAAAAAUUUAAGGCACAGAUUAAAAGCAAGCAAGCAUUCGUUUGCCUGAACGAUCAUAAGAGGACCUCUUCUGUCAACCGAAUCUCUGUCGGCGGUGGUGGCGGCAGCGGGGCAGAUGAACGAAAUUAGACGACUAAGGACGACCGCCCCGGUUAGUGGACCGAGCAACAGUCGACUCGACAGACACACAGUCAGAGAGAUGCGAUGCUG